GAAGUGCGGAGGAAUGCGCUGAUCAAUGUGUUAUCUUUUUUUCGCUAGCGCUAGGCGCUACUCGGGAUAGCAAUAACUUUUCUAGGGAAUUGUCUCUUGAUUGUCUGAAAUCACUGUUCGUCGAGGAGGCGCGGACGGAGCCGAGCCGGACCGACUUUCUACGCGCUUCGGCUGCUGCGCCUGACAGCUCCCGUGUGCUGUAAACAAACCGACAACCGACUCCGCUCCCGCUGUCGCAGGUCGUCGUCAAGAGUCAACCUUCUUCACCUGUGGGCGAGCGAGACGCUAGCCCUCCCUUCCCAAGAGGAUAGUGUCUUUCCAUUCUCGCGACUUCUCCGCAAGAGCGGCCGACUCUCGCCAGGCGCCACACGAUCGGCAGCCUCAACCAUGGAGUGCGACAUCUGCACCGAGCACUUCGACGGCGCCGAGCGGCUGCCCAAGGUCCUGCCGUGCGGCCACACGGCCUGCCUGCAGUGCAUGCGGCGGCUGCCCGGCAGCAAGUGCCCGACGUGCCGGCGGGACGUCAACGGACCGCCGGAGGAACUCCCCACUAACUUCGCAGUGCUGCAGUUUCUGGAAAGAGUCAGGCAGAGCAGCACUCCCCGCGGCUGGUGCUCGGACUGCCUCGCCGCCGCCUUGCCGCGCUGCUGGGAGGACCACGACGUGCUGUCCAUCAGGAGUGCCCUGAGGCACCAGCUGCAGGGCGCGCUGCCACAGGCCGCCGAACUGCUCCAGGGCCUCCCGGACCAGUGCCGGGACGAGCAGGCUCUGCUCGCCCUCACCCUGCUGACCAGCGAGGCCUGGGGCGUGACGCUGCGGGGUGGAGGCCGCGAGCUGACGGGGACCCUGCCGAACACCGAAGAGCCGCUCACGAAGGCCCUGUGGCUUCUGCUUGCGACAAUGGCUGCACUUAGCGAGGUAGGUGAUGCGGGGUUCUGGAGUGUUUGAGAACUCCCUCACGCCAAAUUUACUUCACUUUCGUUUGCCUAUCGAUUACACCUCGGAGCCAUUCAAAAGUUCAUUAAAAGAAAAGGGAUUUGAAACUCAACGUAUUUCGACAUAAUUUGAAAAAAAAAAAACCUAAGCUUGCGCUAACGUGGGAGCAGAUGAUAUAGCUUUAAUUUUCAGUUAGUUUGCUUUAAAGUAGGUUAUAAUGCGAUACGUAGGUCUUGCCCAGAGUGGCAGAGCUUAGCAAAACAUAGUGGUCAGGGGGACCAUAACAAAGCAAAAAGCGGUUCGCUAAAAUGGGACAAAACUAGAUUCAAUACACGAA